AUGGAUUCCCGACCAAGAAACGCCUACUUUGAGUCGGAGUGGCCGCAGUACCAUACUUCUCCAGCGAAGCGUGACAGUCCAAUCAAAGUCAGGGUGGUCAAAGAAAUACACAAAUCCAUUGGCGAGGAAGACUAUGUCGACUAUUCUAAAGAGCUGGAGGCCAUCGUUAAGUUCUCAAGAUCAUCGGUUAGUCCGCUGAAUGACGCACGUUUUAUGAAGGACGCCAACGCUGAACGUAUUGAAAAUAGCACUCCCACCUGUUCGUGCAAACGUACGGCUGGUUCGAGAACUCGACCUCUGUAUUUAUUACCAUGGAGUAUUUUGAACUCAGAGAUCUUGGUCGCCAAGUGUCACAACCACUUCCAGUACAAGAAGCUCAUCAGAUCGUUUCCCAGCUUCUUGACGGCUUGGACUAUAUGCAUAGUAAUGGUCUUGUGCACCGGGAUUUAAAACCCUCGGUACGAUGUCUUGCCCGCAGUUCCAUGGUCAUGCGUGCUAAUUUAUUCACUCCUAGAAUAUUAUGGUUGUGUCCAAGACACCCUCGUGGGUUGUAAAAAUUGCCGAUUUUGGCACAGCCAGAAUGAUUAAGAAAGAUCAAGAUGCUACCACCACACGACCCAUGGGAACAGUUGCGUUUGCCUCGCCCGAACAGUUAGGCAUAACAAGGCCAAACCCAGGCUAUGAGUCUGCAACUGACAUGUGGUCACUUGGUGUCAUUGUUUUCAAGCUGUUGACCUACACGACGCCCUUUGAAGCCGUAUACGAUCUCGUUGGGUAUGUGUCUGGGAAAACUCACCUGCCCAUGGCGGACAAACUGCCUCCCGAUACUCCCUUGAGUAUUUCAGAGAUGAUCAGAGAUUUGCUUUCUGUCGAGCCUCAGGAAAGGCCAUCGGCACGUGCGUGUAGCAAAAGAGACUGGAGUCAAGUCAGUCUCGAGCGCCCCGAUGAUCGAGAAAUAGACCGGUAAGUGUCAGCUAAAGUGUACUCGCUUGGAUUCACAACUAACCAGCUUAAUUAUAGGCCUCUUGAAAGCAAAACAGAGCCGAAUAUGAACAAAAGUGAACCCGAGAAGCUGACUCUCCCUAUUCGUACUAAAGCGGAGGCAGCAGAUAUAACGCAACCCAUUACAGAAGGCCCUGUCGAGGGCAAAAAGACCAAAUUGCAGGUUGUUCAAAAGUUUGUUCAAGACAACGAUUGGAAUCGGGCACUACCGCUUAUUAAAGGCUUGGUCGAGAACAUUGCAUCGGUAGAUGAGGCAGACAAACAGUUGUUGAUCAGCCUAGUCGCUGACACCUUCCUUGGAGGCCAUCUUUCAGAGUCCAUUUGGUUCGAUCAUCCAGACAUAAGAGCCGGAAUUGCUAAGCAAAUCGCCGAAGAACUUGGAUUCUUGGAGAAGGAACGUCGCUACAAAGAAAUGAUAAGUCUUCUGGACCCAUAUAAGCUCCUCCGGCCUCAGCCUGAGCUGCUCCGAGACACGAGCCCACGUAUGGCAAGAUGGGAAGUCGAAUUUUGCGACAGCCAUGCAUUGGCCUUGUUCCAUUUGAAACAAGCCGAUGAGUCCAUUCACAACCUGUCUACUUCCCUCGAAGUGCCUGGCCUCGCUCCUGCCGAGAAGGGAAUUCUUCAUCACUCUCUGGCUCUUGUCUCUCUUAGCAAAGCAGACUGGAGUAGUGCAAAAGAGCACGGCAAAUUGUCAUAUGAGGCCCUGCGAGAAGGGACACAGCCUAAUCACGACAUGAUACUGGACAGCUUAAAGAUAAUUGUGACAUCUUGUGGAGCUUCCGAUGACACAGACUUUCCGAUGUGGUCGCAGACUCUAGCCAGAGAGAAAAAGCAAGCAACAACAUCAGCAGAGCCCGAGCCCGAGGCUUCUGGCAAAGGGAACAAGGCGGCCCGAUUUGGGAACAAGGACAAGGAUAUUUCACGAGCAAAGAAGGACCUUCUCGAGUGUCAGCACGAAAUGGCAGAGCUUUUCUCCAGCUAUCCUUCAAUGGCUGCCGAGCGAGGUACAAAAUAUAUCCGCAAACAUUUCAAAACGUCAUUUCCGCUCUACCGCCGCUGCGAUGCCUGCAUCCAGGCCUACUUCAUGGACAAUUCCUGCUCAAUCACUACCAAGACUGGUGGAUCUUUCUGUGAGCAGCACAAAAACUUCAAAACCGACAUGCCUUUCUCUCCGCUUCACUUCUUUUCUAUAUCUCGCCAAGAUGCCGGCCCACUCUCGAGCAAGUAUCGAAGUUGCGUCGAGGAGGUACAGUGCCUUGUUGAACAGGCGAGCAAUGACGAGGAUGCCAUAAACCGGCCCCUCCGUUUCUCUCCCGUCAAGGCAGGCCAUUUCAUGGAGAUCACGCCGAUUUGGUUAGCUGCUCUAGACGGAAACCAACAAGUCGUUGAUUACCUCCUAUCUUUGAAGGCGAUUAAUCCGUAUGAGGGUUAUAAAUCCCCCUGCCUGUUGCCGAGUCUGGGUAUCCCGAAAUCGCACCACGCUCUGAUCUUACGCGUCUUCAAUCAAUUGUCUACCACCUCAGCCUUACGUGCAGUUGGAUCAUACCUCCCAAUGAGGGAAGCACGCCCCAAUCCCCCGUGGGUAUUCGCCAGCGCAUCUCUUUUAGAUGGAGUCCUCCAAAAAUGCAGAAGAAGGACCAAGGAGAUACAAGUUCCGGUGCAAGUACGAGAAGGAGAGGUCCCCGUACAGCUCCCGCUUACUCAUGGCCUUGCUACGCUUCCAGUCACUAUCGUAGAGCAUCAAAACUCUUAUUCUUCACGGCUGGAGCUUUUCGAGACAUUGGUGAAGCAUGGUGUCUCUACUAUUGGUGGUUCUGCGAUCAAAGUGUUCUCCCGUCGUCUUGGAGAAGCCCUGGAGCUUCUUCUUCAACCUUCGCCUCAAUCUCGAACGAUUGAUGUGAUUUGUGGCCAAGUAUCAGAUCUAUCACGGAUAUGUCGACACAUUCAUGAACGGCAGUCGGACCUGAGUUUGAAUGACAUGCACUCAAGUUUACUCACCAAUUUCGAGAAGUUGAGGACCAAUAUUCACAGGGAGAUUCAAGAAGUCAUGGAGAGGCAUACCAACAAUGACAACCGAGGCUUGAGAAAAGUCUUCAGAAUAAGUCGACUACCCGAAUUGACAACCUUGGAUUACGACCACAAAAAGACCAUGUUCAACAUGUGUGUUGCUGCCGAGGAGGCACAUGCCUUGUUGCAAAGUCUUGGAUUGCAGGAUGAUGAUAAUGCUAUCGAUCAUAUAGACGGCGCUUACCAGCCUCGCCGCUUUUUUGA